AAUACAAAAUUUUUUUUUUAGUAGUUGGCAGCACUGAAAAUCGCCAUUUCUACACUUCUUCACGCCGUGUGUAAGUCAGUUAAACGCGAAGUUACUUUCUCAUCAGCUUCGAUUAGUUUCGGGUUAUAGAAGUUAAAAUCAAACGAUUAAAAUAAUUCUGAUGGCGGAAAUCGAUUCGGUUAAAGUUGAAAGUUCGAACGAUAACCACCCGGAAGAAUCUUCCUCGCAUAAUACUAAUGGCGACAAUGAUGGCCCCCAACAACAGCAACAACAUUUUGGGGAAAGAGGUCCAAGACGUGGUGGUCCAGGACGAUUUGGUAAACGAAGAGGCGGAGGGAAUCCUGACAAUCGUGGCCGUUUUCAAAGAAAAGAUCAACACCAAGGCGAUGAUUUUAAUUCAGGCCCGCCUGGUCGUCAAAAUGAACGUAUAUUCUAUGAUAAAUUAAUGGAGAUAUCCGGCCCUAGUUACGAUCUUCCUCCUAUUCAAAAUGAGGAAAAAAAGUUUUCGGGAAGGAGUAGAUUAUAUAUUGGUAAUAUUUCGACCGAUUGUGAAGAUAACGAUAUCUUAGAGCUUUUUAAACCUUACGGUGAAACAAGCGAGCUGUUUGUUAACAGAGAAAAAUGUUUUGGAUUCAUUAGAAUCGACUAUCAUUUUAAUGCUGAACGAGCGAAGAAUGAGUUAAACGGUAAAGUGAUUAAAGGUCGUACUUUAAAAAUAAGAUUUGCUCCGAAUAGUUUAACUAUAAAGGUAAAGAAUUUGGACGAGUUUGUAACUAACGAACUUCUACAUGUAGCGUUUUCUAUUUUUGGAGAGAUUGAUAGAAGCGUGGUUAUUGUGGAUGAUCAUGGAAAAUCGAUUGGUGAAGGCAUCGUUGAAUUUACACGUAAAAGUAGCGCUCAAUUCGCUUUGCGAAAAUGCCAAGACGAAUGUUUCUUUUUAACAUCAAGCAUUCGACCGGUUUACGUUGAACCUUACUUAGCACAGGACGAAAUGGACGGUUAUUCAGAAAAAUUUGUACCAAAACGUAACCCAGAUUUUAUACAACAACGUAAAAUUGGCCCCCGUUUUGCAGAGACUAAUUCGUUUGAGCAUGAAUACGGAAUGCGCUGGAAACAACUUAAUGAAUUGUACAAGCAAAAAAUGGAAGGUCUCAAAAAAGAACAAGAAAUUGAACAGGAAAAGUUAUUAGCGCAGAUGGAGUUUGCGCGUUACGAACAUGAUACAGCUAUGUUACGCGAACAACUUCGCGCGAGGGAGAUGGACAUGGGUAGGCAAAAACGCGAAUGGGAAAUGAAGGAACAGCAAGUGGAGGAGGCGAGAAGGAGAAGUGAGGAGGUGAUGCGACGUCAACAAGAAGAGAUUGAGUCGAGGAUGAUGCAUCAAGAAGAUGAAAUGCGGCGUCGUCAGCAAGAAAAUAGCUUAUUUCUCCAGGCUCAACAAUUAGAUAACAUGCUCAAGGAUCAAGGUGGAUUUGAGGAAGGGGGAUCUGCACCACCAAAUAAAUUGGAGUCAAAACCGUUCAUGAAUUCUUUCGAUAUACCGAACCGCUACGAGAGCGGGGGCCAUCAGGGCGGCGGCGGAGGUGGACACGGUGGACGCGGCGGCGGUGGUGGCGGCCGUAUGGGCGGCAACAAGGGCCAUUGGGGUGGCAACGAUAAUCGAGACUAUUCCAACAAACGUCGGCGAUAUUAAAAACAGAACACUAAAAGCAAUAUCGGGAAAGAAUAGACGAAAAUCUCUAAAAUGUGCUUUAAAAAAAGCUUCAAAUCGCGUUUUAUUUUUCGUAUCCCGAGAAAAUUAAAAAAAAUUUUUUUUUAUUAAUAUUAUAUUGUGAAAUUUUUUUUAAAUAGCUAAUUAAGUGCUUCUUGUAACAUUUGGAAAUGGAAUUUUUAGUAAAAUUAGGUACUAACAUAUUGAAAAGGUCUUCUAUUAAAAAAAGUACACGUUUUUAUAUAGACGACAAUUAUUUUACUAUAACGAAUCACAAUUUAAUUAAAUAGUGGAAAUAGUAGUAAACCGGUAAUUAUGGAAUUCUCCUAUAUUAAUUAUUCUUUGAAAAUUAAUUAGUAUUAAUUAUUUUAUAUAAAUAUUCUGUAACCCA